AUGCCGCCCAGGCAAUGGGAAUCCUUCAUAUCAUCCAUAUUAGGCUCGGAAUCAUAUUCAAAACCACUUGCCAAACGUAUAGAUAUCCCGAUUAACAGCGCAACCACCGAAGAGCAGCUCGCCACAUCACAACUAGACCCGUUCUCACAAGCCUCCAAAUAUGCCCUGGGCUGGGUCUACUUCUGUAUUGUACUAUUUGUCCUGACGUUUUUCCUCCGCUUAUACCAGAUAUGGGGAGACAAGAUCAGAGCUGCCCUUCGAAAAGAAGAAUUAUUUAGUCCUGGACAAACGCUCUCGCCGCAGUCUGACUAUGAAUUGGUUACACCCAGUCCCGCAAAUUCCCAUCGAGCAUUUUUCCCUGCAACCGGCCCGCUUGUCCAACCCCCUAAGCAAGACUCAGCUCUUUCCUCUAUAGGCUGGGUAAACAACUCGAUCGCCUUUGCAAGAUGGAUAUUCUACCGCCCUCUGCCGGUGAUAAAGCUUGGAAAGCUUGAAUUUGUUCCCCCAUCUUUGGCUGCUGCUGUCCUUGUCCUACUUGCCUUCAUCUUUGUGACACUAUACUGUUUUCUACCUCAGCCUUUGUAUUAUCCUCACAUCACCGACGGAUCGCCUCCUCUCGCAAUCAGAGCAGGCAUGCUUUCUGUUGCGACGCUUCCAUGGAUCAUUGCGCUAAGCACAAAGCCAAAUAUUAUCAGCAUGUUUACCGGCAUUGGCCACGAACGUUUGAAUGUCCUCCACCGCUGGACUGGAUAUCUGUGCCUUUUCUUAGCCCUAGUCCACAUGGUUCCAUUCUACAUUACUCCGGUCUGGGAGGAUGGAGCACUUCCGUUAUUCUCCUUGUUUAUCGGGGGUGACUACUACAUAUAUGGAUCGGGACUUGCUGCUCUAGUGCCGCUGGUCGUCCUUUGCGUUCACUCUCUACCAGCAUUGCGGCACCGCAUGUACGAACUCUUUGUCACUUUACACAUACCAGUUUCCCUGAUUUUCAUCGCCAUGAUGUUCUGGCACUGCAAUAACUUCCUCACCUCCUGGCAUUAUUUGAUCUCUAGCCUUGCUCUUUGGGGAGUAUCAUACCUUGCUAGGGUGUUCUAUUUAAACUGGUUGAACCCAUUCCGCCUUUCGUUCCUCAUUGGAGAAGAGUCGGCGGUUACAAUUUUACCAGAGAACGCUGUCAAGGUCACAAUACUUACCCAAAUGAAAUGGAGGCCCGGCCAGUACGUAUACCUCCGUAUGCCGGGAAUAUCUAUGCUUCAAAAUCAUCCCUUCACCAUUGCCUCUCUCUGCAGUGACGACUUUCCAUCUAGCUAUGGAUCCAAAUACCGUGAUAUGACCCUUGUAUUUCGACCAUUUGGUGGAUUUACUAGAAGGGUACUUGAGACAGCGUUGGAAAAAGGGCCCUAUAAAACAUACAGGGCUUUUAUAGAUGGGCCCUAUGGCGGAGUUCGCAGAGAACUCUCCUCCUUUGAUGAUGUCGUUUUCUUCGCCGGUGGCAGCGGAAUCACUGCAAUUGCAAGCCAGCUACUUGACCUAAUCAAGAGAAUGCGCGAUGGAAAAGCCAGAACCAGAACAGUGAAAGUUGUAUGGGCUUUGAAGCGACCAGACACCAUGGACUGGUUCAAGGAGGAGCUACGCAUUUGCCGUGAAUGCGCACCGCCCAACUCCAUGUUUUGCAAUUUCUACCUGACUGGCGCAAAACGAUAUGACAAAAACGCCGAAGUCGUUUCUCACCCACGUCCACAAAGCGGCGACUUCCACGAUAAACUCAAUGAUGUCUUUCAGGGGGUUGCCAGCAAGAGAAACUCUGCGUAUAUUCGAGAAGCAGCUGGCGGGGAUGAGGACAAAGAAAGAGAGCUGCGAAGGGAGAAUGAGGAUAGCAUCUCUGCGCUGCCAAACGCACACUUAGCCGCUCGUCCACGGAUACAGACUGGGCAUAUUAACCCGUAUUUCCCCGAAACGCCCAACUCUAUGAUGUCUUCCCCAGAGGAGAAUGACGGCCCCAAUUUUGGGUUUCCUAGCACUCCAACUAUGUUACAGAAGAAUCUAAUGCGCUUUGCCUUUUUCCCAAGGCAGAAAAGGGACGGCUGGAAAACAGAGUAUGGCCGGCCGGAUAUACCGUUUAUGUUGAAGCAAUUCUCCAAGGACUUUGGUCGACGGACCUGUGUUUUCGUGUGCGGGCCACCGAGCAUGCGGGUUGACGUCGCAAAUACAGUCGCCAAGCUACAAACUACAGUCAUGAAUGACCCGAAUAAAGAUGAAUUGUUUUUGCAUACUGAAAACUAUGCAAUUUGA